AUGGGUUUGAUGAGCUGCUUCUGGGAACGACAUCAGUUUCUACUGCACCAAUGUUUUUCACUUCCAUUCGCAUUUUUGUUUUUUUUCCUUGCUAAACGGGGAUAUCUGUCCUUGACAUGCAGGUACGUGUUUGUUUGUUUUGGUGGAUGCGUCCUGGCGGUCGUCACAAUGGGCAUCUACAGCUCGCUUCUCUUCACCUCCACCAUGGUCUUUAUUCUGCUGGUGUGCUCUGUGGAUCCCAGCUGUGUCCACGCCUGGGUGUUUGGUAUCCAGAUGUUGUGGCAGACUUUCUGGCACCUGCUUAUUCAGUACAGGGAAUACUACCUACAUGAGCCGGUCAGCAUCAGAUUGUUUUGGGCAGUGUCCUCUUUGAUGCUGCUCACUCAGAGAAUCACCUCAGUGUCCAUGGACCUGCAGGAGCAACGAGUUCGGCUAACACUCAAUGCUUCAUCCAAAAGGAAGGCUUGUGCGACGCUUCUCCCUCUUGUCAGCUACAUCUUCAAUUUCACCACACUGCUCGGAGGCCCUUUGUGCUCCUACAGACGAUUUGUGUCCUUAAUGGCGGGGAUCAGCCUUAACCCUCCACCUAAUCCACUGGGUUUGGUCUUCUUAAAACUGAUGCAGGUGUUACUGCUGGAGUUGGUAAGGUACUGUCUUGUCCAUUUUCUGAACACCUAUGAUCCCUCCAACUCAAUCGCUCUCUAUGGCAUCCUGUGGGUUUUGGGUCUGGCGGGGACUUUGAGGAUUCAAUAUUAUUCUCACUGGAGGAUCAGUGAAUGCCUCAAUAACGCAGCUGGGUUUGGCUUUUGGGUACAUUCACCAGGAGACCCCCCAGACUGGCGCGGACUAUCCGAUGGAGAUUUCUGGACCAUCGAAGCGUCGAGCCGUAUGUCAGAGUUUGCCCGUCGAUGGAACGCCACAACAGCUUCAUGGCUGCGUAGACUGGUGUAUAAAAGGUGCAAACGUUUCCCGUUGUUCAUGACUUUUAGUUUCUCACUGUGGUGGCAUGGUUGUCAUUUAGGUCACAUUGUGGGAAUUUUGACCUGGGCAGCAACGGUGAAGGCAGAUUAUCAUAUACACAGCUACCUGUACCCAAAAGUCUCGCCAAUGUGGAGGAAAAUAUACGCUUGUUUAAGCUGGAUUAACACUCAAAUGUGUGUUGCUUGUAUCGUUACAGCAGUAGAAUUAAGAAAUAUGUCUGGUUUGAGACUUUUGUCCAAAACAUACAUAGGUCUGUUUCCCCUUUUUAACAUAAUUCUGCUCUUUAUCUUAUUAAAACUCAACACAGUUUAGUAAUGUAAUCCUGUGAACUACGACAGGCUUGUUCUGUCAUUUAAAUAUAUGAAUGGACUUCAUGUCGUCUUACUGUACUGUGUUUUGAUGUUGUUGUUGU